AUGAUGUCACUGUUCGGCAAUGAUAUUUCUCCUGUUGCCAUGGACGUGGAGUUUCAGACGAAAGACCGACUCAGGUUUAAGAUUUAUGAUCCUAACAGCCAACGAUUUGAAGUUCCACUCGAGAUUGAGUCUCCAUCCACUGCUGCUGCUGACACCAGCUAUGACAUCGAGUUUAUAAAUCAUCCCUCCUUUCAGUUUAAAAUCAUAAGGAAAAGCACAGGAACAGUGGUGUGGGACACGUCACUUGGAGAUUUAAUUUUUUCCAAACAGUAUCUGCAGAUUACCACCACUGUGCCAUCCACCUCUGUUUAUGGAUUUGGUGAACAUGAACAUCCAUCCUUUAAGCACAAUAUGAAUUUUGUUAAUUAUGGGAUGUUUUCCAGAGACCAGCCACCAACGACAUUUGCCAAUCUUUAUGGAGUUCAUCCUUUUUAUAUGUGCAUAGAGAGUGACUCAAAUACUCAUGGUAUCCUCUUACUGAACUCCAAUGCACAAGAUAUUACUCUGAGUCCAAAUCCAUCCUUAACCUUCCGCACCAUCGGAGGGAUCCUCGACUUCUAUGUAUUUCUUGGCCCAACUCCUGAAAACGUAGUACAGCAAUACACAGAGAGGAUCUUUUUCUUAAGUGAGACUGAGAAGGAGGAGGAUGCUGUUGUAGCUACUAGUCUUGUCUUUAAGAGUAGUAAGAAGAUGAUGAACAGGGUAUAUAACAUUGUCUCAGGUUGGCAAGAUGAGAGAUUUUUUCAUAUUGAUUUUGCUGGUUGCCAGCAACCUUCCAAGAUUGGUAAAGAAACCUUGUUGGCCAUUGGGCGCCCACAUUUUCCUUCCUAUUGGUCGCUGGGAUUUCAGCUGUCCCGUUAUGGGUAUGGCAGCCUCGAUGUGGUAAAGAAAACAGUUGAUCGCAUGCGGCAGUAUGGUAUUCCAUAUGAUGUCCAGUAUGGCGAUAUCGACUACAUGGAGCGUAAUUUGGACUUCACCUAUGAUAAAGAAAAUUAUGCAGGUCUGCCAGAGUACAUUCAACAGCUGAAAAAAGAUGGAAUGCACUAUGUCAUUAUUCUGGAUCCUUUCUUAAGCAAGGAUGAAGCACCAGGUACUUAUAGGCCCUAUGAACUUGGACAAGAAAUGGGAAUCUGGGUGAACAAUUCUGAUGGAGUAACUCCAGCUGUUGGCAAGGUGUGGCCCCCAGGAGAUUCCGUGUUUCCUGACUACACUAACCCCAGGACAGCUGACUGGUGGAUCCAGAUGUGUGUUGAGUUCAAAACUGUCCUUGACUAUGACGGACUCUGGAUUGAUAUGAAUGAACCAGCCAAUUUUGGAACUGGCCAGUACCCAGGCUGUGCUCUUAAUGACCUCAACUACCCUCCUUAUGUUCCUAGAAUUACAGAUUACUCUCUGGCUCAGAAGACGUUAUGUCCAGACUCAAAAACUUAUCUGGGGGAUCAUUAUAACACACAUUCUCUCUUUGGCUGGUCACAGACACCACCAACUUUCAUUGCUGUUCAGAAGGCCACCGGAAAGCGAGCAUUUGUUCUAAGUCGUUCUACAUUUGUCGGAAGUGGGAAAUAUGCAGGUCACUGGCUAGGUGACAACUUUUCACGCUGGAAGGAUAUGCACAUGUCAAUAAUUGGAAUGUUGGAAUUUAAUCUCUUUGGGAUUCCAUAUAUUGGUGCUGAUAUCUGUGGGUUUCUCCUUGAUACAACUUAUGAACUCUGCUUACGAUGGAUGCAACUUGGUUCAUUUUAUCCUUUCUCCAGAAAUCAUAACGGAGAGGGCCAGACGGAGCAAGACCCUGCAGUGUUUGGAGCAGAAUUUGCGGAGAUAUCUCGGUCUACAUUGCUGAUUAGAUACACGCUGUUGCCUUAUUUGUACACCUUAUUCUUUGAUUCUCAUGUCCAUGGAAACACAGUGGUACGAGGAUUAAUGCAUGAAUUUACUUCUGAUCACCAGACUCAUGGAAUAGAUACAGCUUUCCUUUGGGGACCAGCUUUUAUGAUUGCUCCAGUUCUUCAAGAGGGAGCAAGAUCGGUGGAUGUAUAUUUCCCUGAAGCAUCCUGGUUUGACUACUAUACACACUAA